AUGAGUACUUUCGGAACCAGUGGUGCUGUUAUUCCAUUUUUGCAAUCUGUUGGUGCUACAGGUUUCAGUACAUUAUCUUAUAUUACAACUACUUUAACUGGUGCAGUUGGUGGUUACGUAAUCGAAGAUUUAAGGAACAAGAAUUAUUAUUAUCAACAUGAAAGGCAAGUUGAAAGCAAAUAUUUAGUGGAAGACGUGUUAGGAUACCCUGACCUUUCUCAUUAUGACAAAUUUUCAUUCUCCAAUAUUGUCUCCUAUGGCAAUCAAUUCAUCGCAUCCGUUCAAGAAAAAAUUCCAUCCAAAGAUGAAAUAAUAUCUUCCAGUAAUAAUAUUAUCUCAUACGUUAAAGAAAAAAUUACAUUCAAGGAUGAAAUAAUCUCUUCCAGUAAUAAUAUUAUCUCAUACGCUAAAGAAAAAAUUCUAUCUAAAGAUGAAAUAAUCUCUUCUAGCCAUGAAAAAUUUUCGUCUGCUAUGCAAAAAAUCUCACCUGCCGUCCAACAAGUCAAGGAAUUUGCGCAAGAGCAUCCCAAAAUUAUUUGUGUCGGUGGUGCAGCAGUGGUUGGCGGUGUUGUUGGAUCAGCCGCAGUGACAGGAGUAGCAGAGGCAAUUGGGUCAAUGGGAUUUGGAGCGGGUAGUGUCGCUGCUGAAUCUUUGGCAGCUACUUCAAUGAGUACUUUCGGAACCAGUGGCGUUGUUAUUCCAUUUUUGCAAUCUGUUGGUGCUGCGGGUUUCAGUACAUUAUCUUAUGUUACAUCUUCUUUAGCUGGUGCACUUGUUGGUUGCGUAAUCGAAGAUUUAAGGAAUACGAAAAAAAGAGGAAGAAGAAAUAAAAGCAAAGAUUUAAUUUAA